AUGGCGGAACAAUGUCAUUCAGUCAACGACGCGAGUGCGGAGAAGAUGGCAUCCGCCCCCGAUGCAGCAAAAGAGGCGGCGCUUCUCGUUGCCUCAGAAGGACAGCCCAUUAUACAGAAUACCCCCGAGGAAGAGUGUACAGCAUUGGAAAGACGCAUUCGACUCAAAGUAGACAUACGUCUCUGUACCAUCGCGGGGAUCCUAUGCAGUCUCAACCUCCUUGACUCGGGCAUUCUCUCAUCGGCAUCAGUCACAAGCAUGUUUGAGGAUCUUGACUUGCAAGGGUCGCGGUAUUCGGUCUCUAUCUUUAUCUUUACGAUUGCAAGUGUUGUCGCUCAGCUGCCUUGCACCGUUGCCGUGCGCUUGAUCGGCCCCCGCAUCUGGUUCGCCUCGAUCACCUUCUGCUUCGGACUGAUCACCUUCUGUACUGCGUUCAUCCAGAAUUGGAAGCAAAUGAUUGCCUUGCGCGUACUUCUGGGCUUUGCCAUGUCUGGUAUAUAUCCAGGAUUGACGUAUUUAAUCAGUACCUGGUACACGCGCAAAGAGCAGCAACUGCGCUUUGCAUUUCUGCAGUCCGGAGAGGUCCUUGUACUAGCCACAGGCACCAUUGUCAACUACGCUCUGAACCGGUUGGACGGCAAGGCAGGGUUGAGAGGCUGGAGGUGGAUGUUCCUCGUCCAAGGGCUCAUCACCUGUGUCCUUGGCAUCGUCACCUAUUGGUGGAUGGUAGAUUUCCCCGAGCAAUCGCAGAAUAGCUUCUGGUUCCUGUCCAAGACGGAGGCCAAGGUGGCAGCGCAGCGUAUCCAGACAGAUCGUGACGAUGUCGUGCCCGAUCCAUUCUCCUGGCGCAAAAUCCUCGUCAAUUUCCUUGACCCAAAACUAUACGGAUUCGCUUGCUUGUUCUUCCUGCUCAACCUCGUCUCAACUUCGCUCAGUUACUUCCUUCCCAUCAUUCUCCAGUCGGGAAUGGGUUUUUCAAGCAACCAAUCGAUUCUACUCUCAACGCCACCAUACUACUGGUCCGUCAUCCCAGUCCUCCUCACUUCUCUGAUCGGCGACACCUAUCGUGUCCGCGGCCCGCUCAUCACCUUCAACGCGCUGUGCGUGAUAGCCGGGUUCCUGAUGUUCGGCCUCCCAUCCUCCACUGAGGUCACCGUCCGGUACAUCGGCACGUUCCUCGCAACAGGCGCAUACGUCUCUAACUGGGCCGCCCUCAACGCCUUCAUGGCCAACAAUGUCGUUGGGCAGUGGAAACGGGUCACAACCGCGGCCGCCGUAGCUGCGUGCAAUGGCUUGGGCGGAGUGGCGGGGAGUUAUAUCGUCCGGCAGCAGGAGGCGCCGCAGUAUGCCACGGCCGUCUGGGUGUCUAUCGGGUCGCAUAUCCUCAUGAUCGCUAUCGUGGGUGUCUUCGCGAUUACCUUCUAUCGAUGCAACCAACAAGCAGCUCGGGGGCGGAGGGUUAUUCAGAAUAAGGUCGGAUUUCGAUAUACCUAUUGA